UCAUUCCAUAAGAACAUCAUUUCAGUCUAAAUUGUUGCAAAACUCUUUCUUGCUAGAUCUAGUUUCAGAAAACUAAUGAGUAUGUUUAAGCGAGGCGGUUUGAUCAGUCGAUCCUUCAAUGCUCCGCAUGGAGUGAAUAUCAAUGGAGAAGAAAGAGCAGGCAGCAAGCUGAAGAGAAAGUUUUCAUGGUCCUCUCCUAAAGUUCGCAGUGCAGUCAGUGUUGGAGUUCUAACUCACAAGCCUGUUGUCCUUAAAGAGGGAUACCUUUGCAAACCUGGCUUCUUUAGAUUUGGAGCAAGGAGACGCAGAUGGUGCGUACUCCGGACUUACAGUCAAGCUGAGGCAAGCAUUGACAUCUAUGCUGAUGAGACCAAGAGCAAGUUUAAGGGUACUAUUACACUGGACAAAGCUGCCUCUCCCCUCCUCAUUGUCAAAAACUAUGACCCCAAGAAAAAGAAGGCUCCUAAAAAUGCUUACUUUGUUCUGAAAAUUGAUGGGAAAAGGACCUUUCAGUUUACUGCAGAUUCAUUUUGUGAGCUGAAGGAAUGGACAGCUCUCACAAGACAAGCAAUAGAUAACGGUUAUCUCUUCUCUGGUCGAAUUACAGAGCCAGCAACCAUUGCUGAUGGCAUGGUGAACGUCAAAUUCAACACAAAGUGCAUUUCACUUCUUUGUCCCAUCAACGAGCUCCCAAUCAAAACGUGGCGUUUAGCCCAAAUCACCUCCUUUGGGCAAUGUGGAGGGAUGCUCAUGUUUGAAAGUUGCUCAAUUUGCUAUCCUGGUUCGGCUAGAUGCUCCAUGAAUAUUAUCCAGGAGAAACCAUCGACAAUUCUUAAUCUCAUGGAGAAAGCGAUUCGAAACAAUCCAAACACUGGAGAAAUUCACUACGAAAGGAGCAUAUUAGGCGAUAUCUACCACUGUGACCAUCAUUGUUCAUCUGUCGGCAUGCUACCCGCUUAUUCUGAACCAAAUCUUUACCGAAGUGCUUCUUCGAGCCCUGUCAAAGGAGUGCGACUUGUCAAUGCCGACAUUCCAUUUCAGGAAUUUUCUGAUACUGAAAAUGAACUGGAGCAAUCGGAUUCAGGUUUUCCAGGAACCCCCAAACAAGCUGAUGACUUUAGCUUAGGCAGCAGUAUCCCUUCACCUAUUGGCAGUAACAGAUCGAAUCCCAGUGUUGUGUGCAAUGUGAUAGAUGGAUACCAAUCCCCAACCCCCUUCAGUUACAGUGAUGGGAGAUGUAUGAGUGAAUGUGCACGACAGUCAUCGUUAUCUGCUGGUGAAUCCCUCCUGGAGUAUGCCAGACGACAAAGUGAAGGAGACUCAGUACGAGGUGUUCCGAAACGACUGAUAUAUUCAACUAUAUCAACAAACUCCUCACGACAAGAUAGCUGGGGGGAUGACAAUGUAAUGCACAACACAAUUCAAGUCACACCAUCUGAAAGCCCAAUACACGAAGAUCGCUACAAGAAUCACUCCAAUGAAGAGGGAAUUUAUGACAUACCAAAUUGUGAGCCUACAUACUGGGAAGUUGGGAGAAAAUUUGAACCGUCGUCACUAGAAAAUUCCAGUGUCAGGAGGUCCAGUGUUGCAAGCAGCAACAGAAGCCAGUCGGCAGCAUUAGUGCAUCCGAUGUCUCCACGCAAGUCUGUAGCACACAAUCCAUACACACCAGGAAGCGACAAGAUAGACCAGGAUGAUGAUUUCGAGGAGCUGCCACCGAUCAUACCAAAGCAUCGAAAACAGAGACAUCUCGAUAAAGAAUUUGUGAAAAUAGAACCUUCUGGAAACUUUAGACCAAGAUUAUGCAGCUCUGGUGCUGUAUUGGACUCUCCAAGAAGAAGAAAAGAAUAUGCAGUCGAUAGGCCUGGAAUGUCACGACAAAUGGGAAGCAUGGACAGUUUAGACCAAGUAGGCAAGGCUCGAUCCAACUCAACAUUCGCUAUCACAAGCACAGAUCGAGACAUCACCAAACACUUACAAGAGCAAGAGAAGAUCUUGGACAGACUACUUGCUGACACUAGACGGCAGAGAAGUGACGGAGAAGGGUUCUCGAGACGAUUCAAGCCGUAUCAAGAUCCUGACCUGUUGGACGAUCCCCUCUACUCCUCUCCAAGCAACAAUAAAGUACUUACAAGAGUGGCAGCUGACAAUGUACGAGGCUACGCUUACAAGGUUCAGGUACCUCAACCAAACAAGCCUGACUCUCAGUACUCUGUUCCAAGGAUGAGAGCCCCAUCCCCUGAUCUCACUAAUCUCCCAACUGAUGCCCCUCCGAAACCCAAAAGACUAUAGUUAGUUAGUUCUUUGUAUAACAUCAAUCACCCCCUCCCGCACACUUGGCUCACAGUUAAUUACUCAUUCUUUGUACAAUGCAUCAAGCAUUCUGACUUAGUAUGUGUCAGCCAAGACAAGUCAACAAUUCAUUUUCGUUACCUUUGAUCCAUUUCACUCACUUAUUUUGUGUUCAUUGUCUAAUGACUUACAUAUCACAGCUAUAUCCCUGACCAACUGUAUAAUGUUAUUAUUAUAUUAAAA